GCAAACCCUUUUUCUGGAAUUUUUUGUUUCUUGAUGGGUCGUCUAAUGAUAAUCCAAAUCCAAUUGCUCACCUUCCGUUUCCGUUGCGACGGUAAGUGAAGAGCUAACGACGUAGGAUGUUGGAAGAGCAAGGGAACGAUGGUGAUGUCGCCGGUGGACAUCGGAAGACCUACCUUCGUUCUGUUUCAUGGUCUGACCGGUGGUCUCCUUCUUCCUGUUCUAACCCUAGUUCCAACCCCAAACAAUCACAGCCUUUCAGCAAUAAGGCUCGGGCUUCCCUUCCUCCCCUGCAACCCCUUUGCAUCUCUCGCCGUCCCGUAGAAGAGUGGCCCAGGCCUGGCUCCGAUGACCUCGGUCAUUGGCCUCAUCCACCUACUCCCAGUGCCAACCGUAGCCGUCCGCCAUCCUCAUCUGCAUCAUCGUCCCCCAGACCCCUUGACGUCUCCGAUACUUCGACGGAUUUCCUGCUUCGCAAGGACAAGCUCGCCUUCUUCGACAAGGAAUGUUCCAGGAUCGCCGACCAUAUCUACCUCGGUAGCGAUGCUGUGGCCAGGAACCGUGAGAUCCUCCGCCAGAAUGGUAUCACCCAUGUCCUCAAUUGUGUUGGGUUCGUGUCUCCCGAGUAUUUCAAGAACGAUCUCAUCUACAAGACCUUGUGGCUGCAAGACAGCCCCUCCGAGGACAUCACCAGCAUCCUCUACGAUGUUUUCGAUUAUUUUGAAGAUGUACGCGAGCAGGGAGGACGUGUUCUCGUUCACUGCUGCCAGGGGGUCUCCCGCUCCACCUCCUUGGUCAUCGCCUACCUUAUGUGGAGGGACGGCCAGAGCUUUGAGGAUGCGUUCCAGUUUGUGAAGGCUGCUCGCGGGAUCACAAACCCAAACAUGGGCUUCGCCUGCCAGCUCUUGCAGUGCCAGAAGAGGGUUCACGCUGUGCCGGCCAGCCCUAACUCUGUGCUUCGGAUGUACCGGAUGGCCCCCCACUCUUCCUACGAUUCCCUCCACUUGGUUCCCAAAAUGUUGAAUCAUCCGAGCGCACUCGGCCUCGAUUCUCGUGGGGCUUUCAUCGUUCAUGUACCUUCAGUGAUUUACAUCUGGGUCGGGAAGAAUUGUACUCAGGUGAUGUUGAAUCACGCCAGCGCUGCUGCGUCUCAGGUCGUGCGUUACGAGAGAGCUCAAGGACCCAUUGUGAACAUCGAUGAGGGCAAAGAGCCUUCGGAGUUCUGGGAUGCCCUCGCUAAUUGCCCUCUCCUUACCGACGAUUUCGAUAGAGUGGGGAAAGACAAAGAUGCAAAAGAAGAAAAGGAUCGGGUUGCAGCGGCUAUCAGUCUUGGUGUUGGUAACAAGAAGGUGAGCGAAUAUGAUGUUGACUACGAGAUUUUCCAUAAAGCUCUUUCCGGUGGUGUUGUUCCGCCGGUCCCCUUGUCGGCGACAGGUUCAGAAGCAGAGACUCAUCUUCCUGCUAGAGAAAAUUGUUGGGAAGAAAAUGGUUGGGGCAAGCUGCGAUGGAAAUUUGCCAGUGGGAAACUGUUGACAUCAUCCAAGUUGUUGACGUGUAACAAUGGCCAUAUGGGUGAUAAACCAGAUACGAGUUUCAAGGAUUCUUGUAACAACGACGCGGAAGAACAACCUCGCUCUCCCACUGAUUCUUGGUUGUCACCAUCGCCUCCAUGUCGUUCCCCGGAUUCUUUCUCCUGUUAUUCUAAUACCAGCUCAACCUACAAUUCCAAGUCUCCCUUGCCUUCGCCAUCGGAAGAACACCCUCGCUCUCCUACUGAUUCUUGGUUAUCACCAUCCCAUCCAUGUCGUUCUCCGGAUUCCUUCUCCUGUUUUUCUAAUACCAGCCCAACCUACAAUUCCAAGUCUCCGUUACCUUCGCCGUCUUAUUCUUCUAGUUCGUUUACCUUCUCACCUGGCUCCUCUAAUUGGUCCGACCUGUCAUUCUUGUCUUCUCAGCCUUCACCUUCAUCUUCAGAAUUUAAAGAGCUAAUGGUUGUUAAGGGUCCCUCAACCUCUCCCUCUCCUUCCCUUGAGGGAAAGACUUGUUUGCAAUGUACAGGAACUUUUUCCUCUCUUGCAGAGCCGUUUGCUGCCCCAAAUGCUUCGAGAGUAGAAAAGGCCUGUGUGCCAUGUAAAGGGAAUUCUCCCUCUCUUGCAGAACGCAGAGGAAGCAGUCCUCCUUCAUUGGUUUUGUCACCAUCAGUCAACAAGCACAUGCAUUCAAAACCCUCCAGGAACAUUGUAAGGUCAUGGUCAUUUUCUCUCCCUGACUUGGAAGAAGAUAUGAUGCUGGUGGAUAAUGGAUCCAACCAGUCUGAGGGCAGAGGUUGUGAUGAAUCGAACGGGAAAGAGUUGAUGUCCCAUACUGACCUUUCUGGUGUUGGCAGUGAAGUACAAGAAGAAUAUGAGAAAGAAUUUAGUCUAAGGCAACCAGUUCUGUACAGAUGGCCAGCUAUGGAAAAGGUGGAAAUGCCUUCUUCUGGGGUCCUUGAUUCUAGAUCAGUUUUCCUUUUUCUAGCUCAAGAUGUAAAAUUAGGCGAUAAGAAGCCUAAAAUUUUGUAUGUGUGGGUAGGGUGUGAUGUUCCAUCUGAGGAGGGGCAAUAUCAGUUGAUUCACAGUGAUUUGGAAGAUAAACAUAGUCCUGUAUAUUGGGAGAAGGUUGGACGCAUCUUCCUUAACCAUAUGGGCGUGCCUAUGGAUGUACCUAUUCAGGUAAUCAGAGACAGCAAGGCACCCGAACAACUCAUAGAUGGUAGCAACCGUUUCUCAUUUCAACAAGUGGAAGACUACUGCCACAACUGAGAAUCUGAAGGACAAGGGGACCCUCCAAGCAUUGACACUGGAUUGUUAGAGAGAGUUGUUUCAAGCCCUUCUCAGGUGAUUUGGCAUCCCAAGUGGUGUAAGUGAAUCUAACUGCUUGUGUGAUGGUUAUCAUUGUGAUAGAAGCAUGUAAAGAAUAUAAGUUUUUGUAAUUUAUAGAUGUAAGUUAACAGCAUUUGGAAGUAAUUUCUUUUUUCUUGUAAUUAUAGAUGCAAGUUAACAGCAUAUGGAAGUUGUUUCUGUUAACUUUGUUAGCUUUUUCUUCUGUGAAUUUCUUGGAACAAGAGCCAGGACCAACACCGGAAGGCGAAGUUUUAAAAUUAAAAUAAAGAUGGAGUAAUUUUU